UUCCGGUUAAGAAAAUAAAAGACAGCUCUGAAGGGCAAAAAAAUGGCUGCUUUUUGAUGGAAAACUGGAAGAUGCUGGACCGGGAGAAGAUGAUGCUGUAACUGGAAGCCAGGAACAUGGAUCAGGACGAUGUGGUUCGAGUCCGAGCUGUAGUGAUGACCCGCGAUGACUCCAGUGGGGGCUGGGUGCCGCUGGGGGGGCCCGGCCUCAGCCAUGUAGCGAUCUGCCGGCUCCCGCACUCCGACGAGAGCGGCCAGCUCCGCUUCCUGAUCCGUGGAGAGCGGAUCCGGGAUCAGACGACCAUCCUGGAAUGUGGCCUGAAGAAGGACCUGGUUUACAACAAGGUGAAUCCCAUCUUCCACCACUGGAAAGUAGACAAUGUGAAGUUUGGCCUCACCUUCCAGAGCCCGGCUGAUGCAGUCAGCUUCGAGAGGAGCAUUAACAGCACCAUUAAGGAGCUGGUGGAAGUUCAGGUCCAACGGUUCAUUCUUGAACCUAAUGAUCCAACACUAGAAUAUUGGAACACCCAAUGCUCAUGUCAUGUGCUCACCACCACCGACAACACCCCGCCCUACCCCCCCAGCUUUGUGUCAUCUUCAGAUUUUAAAAUACGAGCUCUUGGGUCAUAUGGGGCUCCUAAUAGCAAGAUACGUUACUACAGUGAAUGGCGACUUCAGAUUCCCCAGCAUACUACUCGAGAUUCGAGGCUGGAGCAGAACCCAUGUUCAGUGUUUAUCUACACAUCACCCAAACCUCUCGGGUCUCUGAGCUCCUUGUCGUCGGCUCACAGUGAGGCAGGCGCUCCAGAAGACGUCGCUGCAACACUGACUGACAGCGAGUCCUCAGCCAAUAGCCAGAAGGAGAUGCUGCCAAAACACAUCACCAUAGUAACCAGUCAAUCCUCAUCAAGCUGCUACAUCCGGUCCCCAGCUUCCGAUCGCUUCCGGCUCGGAGUCACACCGGGAUCUGCACAUCCCAACCAGGUCCCGAGCCAGCCGCUGCAGGGCAGUAGCCUGAAGGUGGAAGAUGAGGGGGAGAUCGCUAGGCCGUGCCGAGACUCCGGGCCACUGAAGGGCUACGAGGAUUACCGGAGAGCGGCGCUGGGAGGCCGCGAGGCUGACAAGGUGGACCUGUGCGUGCACUUUGCCAAGGGCGAGGGGCGGGUGGCGGGGAGCUCGCAAUCGGAGUGCCCGCUAAAGGAGGCAAAAGGGUCGCCGGCCUGUCACAUCGACACGCUGCCCUCGGGCGGCCUGAGGAAGGGCAAUGGCGCAGGAGGUGGAGAUGGAAGAGGGCCUAGCACAGCGGGCGAAGAGGACAUGGCACCCUCCCGCUGUAUUUACUGCCGGGAUGUGUUCCAGGACAACGGGCCUGGGAGGUGUCGGGAUGCCCCGGAUCCAGCAGAACACUGUGUCCGGCAGCUCAGCUGCAUGUGGUGUGCGGAGUCCAUGCUGUACCACUGCAUGUCUGACUCAGAGGGCGAUUACUCUGACCCCUGCUCUUGUGAAGCGAGCAGCCGCCAUCAUCUGUGUGCCCGCUGGGUAGCGCUGGUCGCCUUGUCUGCCCUUUCCCCCUGUAUGUGCUGCUACCUACCCCUGAGGGCCUGCCAUCACUGUGGGCAGCGCUGGGGCUGCUGUGGGGGCAAGCACAAGGCCGUGCGGUGA